ACAAGCCACAUUAUCUUCAACUUUCAGUGUUGAUAGGAAUUUGCGUCAAUGAAUUUAAUUGAAGUAUCCUCACUCGCAGCCGACUGUGGUGGAAAGCUCCAUGGCAUCCGCAUAUUACUUCAGCCUGCCUUCAAUGUACCUGGGCAACCUCCUCAACUCCUACGGCAGCCGCUUGCACUACCAGACGCUCUCCGCUGCUCCCACUCUGCCCUUCUCUUACCCUGACGCCGUCAUCUCGGGCAACAACGUAACUUUAGUGUACUACGCCACGUAUGGCUACGGGCAAGCCGUGCGACAGAACCGGUCCGUGCCCCUGGACCCGAACGAAUGGUAUCUGGCCGCCGAAAAACGCAUCACUGCCACCAGGCAACACAUGAUGGUCGUCCUCCAAAACACCACCAGAUUCCUCAUCAGGGCAGUACCACACUCUUCCGGCACGGGAUUGGCUCCGGCGUCUCGGUUUAUGCUAGACACAGCAGGCCGACUGGACCCCGCCAGCGGGGUGAUAGAGCGGGUGUCGAGCGUCGAGGAGUGCCAGUGUCCAAGAGGUUACACCGGAUCUUCGUGCGAGACUUGUGAAGUCGGUUUUUACCGGAAAUCCAGCCCACGCUUCCCGUACGGCCAGUGCCUACCCAACUCCUAGUGAAGAUUGGCCCCACAUGCUGUUUUUCCUUUAGUAUAGACGUGAAAAUUGAUUGGUGCCGUGAUACCUAAAGUUCAGGUUAUAAUUUCGUGCUAGUGUAUUACAUGAUUUGUUCCAAUGAGUGAUUGCUCUUAUGACAACAAAUGUCUCAACAUUCAUUAAACAUGAAUGGGUGAUGGUGAGGUGUUAAGUGAAGAAGUCGAAUUUAUCAACCUGGGGCCGUAUUAUCAAAACUUCGUAAGUACCCAAAAUUGACUUACG